AUGGCUACCGGUCGCCUUCGUCGCAAAGAAAUUGCGCGUAAAGCGCUGUCACCGAAUGUGGCCAAAUCUUCCCUAAAGUCAGAACAUCCAAAGAAACACAAACGAGGUCCCUUUGCAGGCAUGAACCAGACAGAGGCUCACAUUCGAGAGACCCCUCGGCCGCAAUCCUCCGCAUCUCAAAAGCGAUUAGGGAAAGCAGGGAAACCAGAGCUUGCAUCUCAGAAAAGCGACAGUCCUCUGUAUAAAGCUUUGAAAAUGCAGACAACAUUGGCGUCAGUUUCCUAUGGCCGUCGAACGGCCAUCAAAUCUAAAAUAGCCGACCUCACAAGUUUCGAUCAGUUUCCUCUCCUACCGGUCGUCCGGAACUCGAUCUUCUCUCAAGCUCUACCUGGUCUGAUUGAUGUCACGCCUACUCCAAUUCAACGUCUGGCGAUUCCGGUGCUUCUGAGCGACUCAGAUAAUCAUAUAAAGUUGAAGAAGAAGAACAAGACAGAUGACGUCGAGCACCAGUAUGAUCAAUACCUUCUAGCAGCAGAGACGGGCUCUGGAAAAACUCUGGCGUACUUGGUUCCGUUGGUCGAUGCUAUCAAGCGGCAAGAGGCAGAAGACAAGGAGAAUGAGAAACGUGAAGAGGAAAUAAAGGUGCGAGAAAGGGAAGAGCGCCUGAAAAACCAGGCCUUCGACAUCGAACCCGAGAUUCCCCCGCUGUCCAACGCCGGUCGACCGCGAGUGGUGAUCUUAGUACCGACAGCCGAGUUGGUGAACCAGGUAGGCAGCAAGGUGAAAGCUCUCUCUCACACGGUCAAAUACCGAUCAGGAGCAAUUUCGUCCCGAUUGACGCCCCGUCGGAUCAAGAACACCCUUUUCAACCCGGAUGGCAUCGACAUCCUAGUUACCACUCCACACCUGCUCGCGUCGAUCGCGAAAACGGAGCCUUACGUUCUCAGCCGUGUCAGCCACCUGGUUCUCGACGAAGCCGACUCGCUGAUGGACCGGUCUUUCCUGCCAACAACCACAGAUAUCAUUAGCAAGGCGGCUUCGUCUUUGCGCAAAUUGAUCCUGUGCUCGGCUACCAUCCCGAACAGUCUCGAUAAACUCCUCCGGCAACGCUACCCAGACAUCAGACGUCUCACGACGCCCCUGUUGCAUUCCAUUCCACGUCGAGUCCAGCUGGGCGUGGUGGACAUUCUGAAGGAGCCCUACCGUGGGAACCGUGAUCUGGCAUGCGCGGACGUAAUCUGGUCAAUCGGCAAGGCCGGCGAUGGCGAUCCCACCGAUCCAUUCGAAUCCUACGGCAAGCCCAAAUGCAAAAAGAUCCUCGUCUUCGUCAACGAGCGCGAGGAAGCCGAUGAAGUUGCCAAGUUCCUCCAGUCGAAGGGUAUUGACGCCGAAUCAUUCUCCCGGGACUCGAACGCCAGAAAACAGGAUGAGAUCCUUGCCGAGUUCACGGAAUCGUCGCCACCCCCUAGCCCCGAGGAGAUCAUGCUAGCUCAGAAGAAGCGGCGUCAGGAGGACGCCAUUCCCUUCGAAAUGCCACGGUCAUCCAACGCAGGGGACAAAUCUCGCCGCUUACCCAAUACCAAAGUACUCGUCACUACCGAUAUUGCCUCUCGCGGUAUCGACACACUCCCAGUCAAGACCGUUAUCCUGUACCAUGUACCGCACACCACGAUCGAUUUCAUCCACCGUCUAGGCCGAAUGGGUCGGAUGAACAGACGCGGCCGCGGUAUCGUGCUAGUUGGAAAGAAGGACCGCAAGGAUGUGGUGAGGGAGGUGCGCGAUGGUAUGUUCAACGGCACAGCAUUAAUCUAG